GAUUCACAACGAAGAGGAAGUAGGCUGCCAGGGUGAGGAGUUGGGAGUACGGGGAAGUGUAAAUUGGAAGAGGUCUUUCUUCAGCUUGACAGAACACUGAAAUCAAGACUGAGAGCAGUAAUAUUAGUUAUAUGUCAUAGGUCCCAGUACUGAAAUGUCUGGGACUGUGGCUUCAUGGAUCCUGCGUUGUGCUCAGAGUAAAUCCCUCACACUUUCCUGCAGCCAGCACAGACUGUACUCUAGGAUAAACCGCCCACCUCCUCGGCCUGUUUCCCGGCCCAGAAGGACUCGGGCAGCCAGGUCCUCUUCCAGCAGUAGCCCUGAAUUUAACGAUGGUAGAGCCCCCUCUUCCCAGAGGCAUUCUUCUCUUGAGAAGGUGGACUUUCGGUUGACUGGCGCGCAGAUCAAUGGCCUUUUGCGGGCGAAUGAGCAGACCGUGCAGAUCCCCGAGUUCGAUGGCCGGGGCCUCAGCCCCGUGCUGCGGUUCGAGAGCAACCAGCUGCCGGCAAACGCGCCCAACGAAGACCGGCGCAGCGUCGCCACCUGCCUGCAGACCAAGGGCAUGCUCUUCGGCGUGUUCGACGGACACGGUGGCCAUGCCUGUGCCCAGACGGUGAGCGAGCGGCUCCUCUAUUAUAUAGCAGUGGCUCUCAUGCCCCGGCGUAGCUUGGAGGAGAUCGAGUACGCCAUGGAGAACGCCAAGCCCGUCCCACCCAUCCUACAGUGGUACAAGCACCACAACGACUACAUCUAUCGGGAGUCGGCCUCCCUGUACGUGGACCACCUGCGGGUCUUCUGGCAGGAGCUGCUGGAGAGCGAGGAGCACGGCGAUGGCAUGGACCCCCAAGACGCCCUGGCCUAUGCCUUCCGCAGACUGGAUGCUGAUAUUUCCCUGGAGGCCCAGGUGCCCCUGGACAGUGACCUGAUGAGGAGCACAGCCAUCCAGGUGGCGUUUGCUGGCUCCACCGCCUGUCUGGCACAUGUGGACAUGGAGGGCAUCCACGUGGCCAAUGCCGGUGACUGCCGGGCGGUGCUGGGGGUGCAGGAGGAGGACGGCUCGUGGAGCUCCCUGCCGCUCUCCCGGGACCACAACGCCCGGAACGAAGCGGAGCUGGCGAGGGUCAGGUCCCAGCACCCCAAGGCGGAGGAGGCCACGGUGGUGCAGGACGAACGGCUUCUGGGCAUCCUGAUGCCAUUCAGGGCCUUCGGGGAUGUGCGCUUCAAGUGGAGCAAGGAGCUGCAGCAGAGCGUGCUGGAGAACAGCUGUGACCUGGAUUCCCUGGACAUCUACCAGUACACUCCAGCCAACUACCACACACCACCCUACCUGGAGGUGACCCCGGAACUGACCUACCACCGGCUGCGGCCAAAGGAUCGCUUCCUGAUCCUGGCUUCAGAUGGGCUGUGGGACAUGCUGAGCGACGACGAGGCCGUGCGGCUGGCUGCCGAGCACCUCACCGGGGUCCACCUCCAAGCGCCCGUGACGGCCAGCGAGCGGCAGAUGAACCUGGGUCAGAUGCACAGCCUGCUGCUGCACCGCUGUGCCGUGCCCUCCCUCGACCUCAACUCCGCCACGCACCUCAUCCGGCACGCCGUCGGCACCAACGAGUACGGGGAGCUUGACCAGGAGCGCCUGUCUGCAAUGCUGGCGCUGCCCGACGACCUGGCUCGGAUGUACCGUGAUGACAUCACAGUCACCAUUGUCUACUUCAACUCCGACCUCGCCAAGGCCAAAGAGGAUUAAUGGGAACCUGUGCUCUCCAUAGAACUUUCCCGGGGCUGAUUGGGUCAAUUCCAUUCUUCCGUCUAAUCUCAACUUGUGGGAUUAGUGUUUAAGUAGCCUGUGUUGUAUUUUACAGAAAGCCUUAGCUUCUGAUAGAUAGUUAGAAAAUUGCACUGCCACUUACUGUCACUCUUGUUCCCGUUAUCCGCAUACAUUGUUGUCCAAUUCGUCCUGUUGAAUAGACAAUUCAUUCAGAGGAAUCAGCUGCCACUGACCCCCUCUAUGAUGGGCGGAGCUUACGACUGUGCUUGGUCUGUUUGGUCACAUGUGACGUCAGUAUGAUGUGCCUGAAGGGUUUCUCUGAGUAUUAUUGUGAUUAAUAAUUUAGACAUCUUAAGUUAUUUCUUUUUUCAUGAAUAUGAUAAAGUAUUAUUAAUGAUAAAGUAGUUUAGAUCAUUAUAACUUUAAGAUUCUGCUGUUUAAGGUGGAUACAUCACUCCCAGGAUAGUUAAGAUGACUCAAUAGAGGUGCAUGUUACAUGAUUUGUUAUGUGGAUCGUAAUUUGCUACCAGGGAAACUCAAACCAGUCCGAUCAGUAAUUCCAGAUUGUCUGAUUACUAUAUAUAUUUUUUUAACUGAAUGUUAAUGAAUUUUUGCUUGUAUUGGCAAAAGUAAAAAGUCCAACUCUGAUUAUUAGUCCUUAUAUUGGAAUAAGAAUAAUUUUCUUUGGGUUUUUGACCUGUGUUUUAAUACUUGGACACUUUCACUGUUUCUAAUAUGAAGAAAAUUGUACUAAUGUAAUAAUAUUUUAAAUCAUUAAAAAACUCAAUUUAACUUGCUUAUAUAUGUUGCUCUAUGUAUGUUGAUUUACCUGCCAGAAGUUGUAGUCAGGGAAUCUGUUGAAUGUGAUUUAAAUCUGUGUAGUACAGCUGAGACACAGAGGGAAACUGCAUAUGUGUAUACAUUUAGUGAAUCAUACAUAGAGAAAUACUGUAGACUCAUGAAUGUUGCUUUUCACUUAGUCGUGUCUUAUUUGUUGUGAUUGCCUGGUUAUACCUUUGCCAGGAAAACGUAUAUGGAGGUUGUGUGUAUUUGAAAUAUUUUGACAUGUUUUUGUUUGUCAGCGUUGCUGUUUUACUUCCAAGUGCUGUUCCAUUGCUGUCUCUGUUAGGGUGAACAUUUGUAUCCACUGAAACAUUUUUUUAGAUUGUUAAUUUCACUUUUUAUUAGUAGGUUUCAUUUCACUUUAUUUUUAAACAUCAUUGAAUUCUAACUGGCUAAAUAGUUUCAAGUGAUGAGUUUUGAAAGUAGUGUUUUGCCAAAAUUUGUCUUUCAUUAAUGUACAUUUAUUUUCUAUUUAAUACUAACAUUUAACACAAUAAACAUAAUUUUAAAAC